ACAACACUCAAAACCAUAGCCGUUCGACAGAAGAUAAUAAUAAUCUCCUCAGAUAAAACCACUUCACAGUUCUUCGGAGUUUGGAGUUUUCGAUUCCAUAAAAUUAUCCAGAAAAUUCCCCCUAAUUCUUCUAGAAUCUUCCAUGGAAGAAGAGCCAGAGCAUUCCGGUUUCACCUGCUUCUUCUGAUUCUUCAAUAAUACCUCAGUCGCCGCCAUUUUUUUCUCAACAGGAUAUCUUGUGGUUUUCUAAAGUGAAUUUCAUUGUCGUGUGAAGGUUCCUUUGCUUUAAAAGGUCUGCAAUAAAGCUUCAACUGUAGAGCUCAAUCCUUGUGGAAAUCAUGGGCAGUACAUUCAAUCCACAAAUCUUUGUGGAAAAGCUAACCAAGCUCAACAAUACUCAGACCAGCAUAGAGACUCUAUCGCACUGGUGUAUUUUCCACAUGAACAAAGCAAGACAAGUUGUUGAAACAUGGGAUAGGCAAUUUCAUUGCUCCCCGCGUGACCAAAGAUUGGCUUUUCUGUACCUAGCAAAUGAUAUUCUGCAGAACAGUAGGCGCAAAGGCUCAGAGUUUGUUGGUGAAUUUUGGAAAGUUCUUCCAGAUGCUCUUCGUGAUGUAGUUGAAAACGGAGAUGAAUUUGGAAGAAAUGCAGCACUACGACUGAUUAGCAUAUGGGAAGAAAGAAAAGUGUUUGGUUCUCGGGGGCAAAUUCUAAAGGAAGAGCUUAUGGGAAGGCACCUGGAAAACAAUAACAGAAAUGGAAAGCCUUUGAACGUCAAACUGAAACAUUCUGCUGGAAAUACGCUGGAAAAAAUAGUUUCAGGUUAUCAUGUUGUUUAUGGGCAUAUGGAGGAAGACGUAAUACUGAGCAAAUGUAGGAAUGCUAUCAACUUUGUUGAGAAAGUAGAUAAGGAAAUCGGUAGUGAUAUCAAUGCAGGGAAAUUUCAUGGAUCUACACUUGUGGAGGAUCUGCAGGGGCAGAAUUCUGUACUGCAAGACUGUAUUGAACAACUAACGACAGUUGAAUCGUCAAGAGCUAGUCUUGUGUCUCUUCUGCAAGAGGCUCUAAGAGAGCAGGAAUCUAAGCUGGAUCAAGUCCGUAAUCAACUUCAGGCUGCGCAAUCCCAGUCAGAGCACGCCACUACUAUCUGCCGUCAAUUAGUAGGCCAUGACAAUGUGCCGCUGUCGCUAGCUAACCAUGGUCCCAAGGAGGUUCACACUUCCGUAGUGCCACACAGCUUAAUAGCAGGAGAUAAGGAGCAAUCUGCACCGGUAAUGUACACCCAUGCAGCGCCUUUUCCUGAAAAAUCGGUACACAUGGAGGAAGAUCCCCGCAAAUCUGCAGCUGCAGCAGUGGCGGCAAAACUAACUGCCUCAACAUCCUCCGCUCAGAUGCUCUCUUAUGUUCUAUCCUCCUUGGCGUCGGAGGGUGUCAUAGGCAACACAAUGAAAGAAUCCUCUGGUGACUAUCCAUCUGAAAAGAGGCCUAAGCUCGAGAAUGACCAAUCACCGUAUGUUCCUCAGAAUACUCAACCACCACCGGUUUCUCCCUUUCCUCAUCCCGACACCAGCCAACAAUUCAAUCCAAGCGAGCCGCCACCUCCUCCAUCGUCGUCGCCUCCACCGUUGCCACCACUACCACCAAUGCCGCAGUACCCAGUGCCCCAAUUUAUGCAGACUGCUACUGGGUCCAUGGCCAAUGUACCAUACAGCUACAGCAUAACCCAACAAGCACCACCUACAAUGCCUGGUUAUACAACAGUGGGGGCUCCUCUGAAUGGGGUUUCUCCCUACUCAACAACAGCAAAUUCUUACCAGACUUUCCAGGGUCCAGAUGGUAAUUUCUACAACCAGCCAUCUUCGAUGCCGAUGGCGCCAAUUUCUCGGCAAUAAUAUUUCUUAGUUCCAUAUCUAGCUAGGAGGGAGAAGAUUUUGAUGUGUUAACAUUGACUCUGGAGAAGGGAAAAAAAAAAUCUGAAGCUUUUGUUUCUCCCUACAGAGAACCUUUUAUUUAUUACUUACUGUGUACCUUUUGUUAUACACAUGUUAGUUUUGCACAUAGUUACUAGUUAGUAAUGUUUGUAACUUUAAAUUGCGUCUAAAUUUAUGGAUUUGAAUACAAUUUUUUUUCAUUGAA